AUGUAUCCGCAGCUUCUGCGGGCCCAGGAGGCUCCAAUGAACAUUCAUAAUGAUACGUCGCGUGACGAGGAGGUGGCACGCCAGCUACAGGCCCAGUACGACCAAGGAAGCCAAGCGGUGGCACUAGCGCAGCCUGUUUUCCAGGCUGAGAUGCCAUACAAGUGCGGCAACUGCGGCACAACACACGUGGUGCGCAAUGCCACGCAUGGGUCGAUGUUCCAGUGCACUGCUUGUGGCGCGCAGAACCAGAUUCUACUGGAACGCCAUCGCCCCAUGGUCGUAGUCAGAGGCCGCUCGUACAGCUUUCUACCAAUCCCAAUCAUCUGCAACAUCAUGUAG